AAAAAUACGUCAAUGUCAAACGUCAAGCAAAACUUCCUUUUUAUGGUGGACGUUGUGUCCGCUCGAUGUGUGAUAAUAGAUUUUUAAAGUUAAUCUAAAAAAAUGGCGUUGUCUACGGCACGUCCCCUUAUAAGUGUUUACGAUGAGAAAUCUGAAGAAGUUAAGGGAGCUAGCAUUGCUCUCCCUGCUGUCUUUAAGGCUCCAAUUAGACCAGAUGUUGUAAACUUUGUCCAUCAGCAAAUUUCAAUGAACCAUCGCCAGCCUUAUUGUGUCAGUGAUAAAGCUGGUCACCAAACUUCUGCCGAAUCGUGGGGUACUGGUAGGGCCGUUGCACGUAUUCCUCGUGUUCGCGGUGGUGGUACCCAUCGUUCCGGCCAGGGUGCUUUCGGCAACAUGUGUCGCGGAGGACGCAUGUUCGCUCCCACCAAACCAUGGAGGCGUUGGCACAGACGUGUAAAUAUCAACCAACGUCGUUUUGCCCUAGCAGCAGCCAUUGCUGCCAGUGGCGUCCCAGCUUUGGUAAUGAGCAAAGGACACGUCGUUGACCAAGUUCCAGAACUCCCAUUGGUUGUCUCUGACAAGGUACAGGAAUUCAAGAAAACCAAGGAAGCAGUGCAUUUCUUGAGAAGGUUGAAAGCAUGGCCUGAUAUACAAAAGGUAUACAAAAGUCAGAGAUUCCGUGCUGGUAAGGGUAAAAUGCGUAACAGGAGGAGAAUUCAACGUAGAGGGCCAUUGGUUGUUUACCAUCAAGAUCAAGGUUUGCGUAGGGCUUUCCGUAACAUCCCCGGCAUCGACCUAAUCAGCGUAGAAAAACUGAACCUGUUGAAGUUGGCUCCAGGCGGUCACGUUGGCCGUUUCGUCAUUUGGACCGAAUCGGCCUUCAAAAAAUUGGAUAAAGUCUUCGAAAACUGGAAGGCACCAUCGACGAAGAUGUCCAAUACCGAUUUGUCAAGAUUAUUCAAGUCGGAAGAAAUCAGAGCAGUACUUCGUGCACCACAAAAGAAGAUUGUUCGACGUGUACGUCGUCUCAAUCCAUUGAAUAAUACCAGAGCUCUAUUGGCUCUGAACCCAUACGCUGCCGUUCUUAAGAGACAAGCUGUCUUGGACGACAAGAAGAGAAGUUUGGCCAGGGAAGAAUUAUUGGCCAAGAAACGCGGUAUCACUUUACCCAGCAGUAGCCCGGUAAUCAGGUCGGCAAAAUUGCAAGCCCGCAGGAGGGCAGCCAUUUUGAAAGCGAAAAAAGCGAAACCGACGAAACCUGCAAAGCCCGCGGCGAAAAAAGCACCCGCUCCCGCCAAGAAGUAACUGAGGUUGCUAUAGUUGUUAACUGUGGUGACAAGAUAAAAUAAACGUUAAUAAGACCUAUA